AGACGCGCCUUUACAGUAAAAAGGAUGUUCUCCAUUAAGAAUGCCUAAUCAAUUUGUUGAUCUCUUUUAAUUUUAGACGAACUACUAAAUUUCGCAGUACGAGUAAAGCCAAGUUGUUUUCAAGUUCAUUGACUUAACUCAAUUUCCAAUAGGGUAAUUUAUAUGUAAUUUGUCUCUAGUCGGCCGGCCCGGCCGGUCUUCUGCGCAAGGGUUCAUUCAUGAAACAUGCGCAGAACACUGCAUUGCAACAAAAUCAACUUCACAUCGAAAGAGUUCUUGCUACAUUGCGUUCUUAUCCUAAUAAAUCCUUAAAAAUGCGCUAAGAUCGUUUUAGUGUGUGAUUCGACUUUGAAGAAUAAUUUGUGAAAAUGUGCAGAUGAUCAGUUUAGCUACCAAUUUAGUUGAUAAGUGUCAAUCAGUGCUCCAUUGAUAAAAUCACAUUAUGGACAACGAGCAGCCCCACCAAGAGUUGGUGAAAUGUGUGGUGGUGGGAGACACUGCUGUGGGAAAGACCAGACUUAUAUGUGCAAGGGCCUGCAACAAACAUGUAUCCCUAUCACAACUCAUGACAACACAUGUACCGACUGUAUGGGCGAUUGAUCAAUAUAGGAUUUACAAGGAUGUACUAGAAAGAUCUUGGGAGGUUGUUGAUGGUGUGAAUGUUUCAUUGAGACUAUGGGAUACCUUUGGAGAUCACGAGAAGGACCGAAGAUUUGCCUAUGGACGGUCGGAUGUGGUCCUCCUCUGCUUCUCUAUUACAAAUCCAAUAUCUCUAAGAAACUGUGGUGCAAUGUGGUAUCCGGAGAUACGACGGUUUUGUCCGAAUACACCUGUUCUUUUGGUGGGAUGUAAGAAUGAUCUGCGCUACAUGUAUAGAGAUGAGACAUAUUUGAACUACUGCAAGGACAGAAGUCCUUUUAUAAGGGCACCGCGAAAAAGCGACCUAGUGAUGCCGGAUCAGGGCCGGGCGUUAGCUCGCGAUUUCGGUAUCUACUACUACGAGACCUCCGUCUUUACAUACUACGGUGUUAACGAGGUGUUUGAGAAUGCUAUUCGAGCUGCAUUAAUCGCGAGGAGACAGCAACGCUUCUGGAUGACCAAUCUAAAGAGGGUACAACGGCCGCUGUUGCAGGCUCCAUUCCGACCACCUCGGCCUUUAGAGCCAGAGGUGACGAUAGUCAGUAGUGUGUACCUUGAGGAUAUGACGACGCUACUACGGCAGCAGUACUUUUCGGAUAUGGUGAUAAUCUGUGGCGCGAAGGGAUUUCCGGUACAUCGAGCGCUGCUGGCAGCCGCUUGUGAAGUUUUCCGCGGGCUUCUUACAACCCACUGCGCUGCUGAUUUACCACGCAGCUCCAGCGAAAGUAGCAUGGUAAGCAGUAUGGGUGAGGCGACCACGGGUGACUUUAAUGAGGACACAGAAUAUUUGAUCAGACAAGACCAAGCGAAGCAAACCAGGGUAUGGGAACAAAUAAAGCGUCGUUCUUCGUGUCAGCUCGUGGGAGAAGCGCGGCCUGACGUAUGCAGACGCGUACACCAUCCAGCCAUACUUUCGCUUAAGAUCGUUCGGUGUGAAAAAAUUCAGCAUGCUACAUCCCAAACGCAGACAAUAGUAACGAUGAGCAAGUUGAUAUCAUCUAGUGUGAUGCAGGAAGUCAUAAACUUCAUAUACACUGGUGCUAUUCACGCAGCUGCCUUCAAACAACAGUCCGGUGCUAUUGGAUUAUUACUGGAAAUACGUCAAGCGGCCGAGUUGCUGGGAUUUCCGGAACUGACCAAAUUGUGUCAGUUCAUAUUAGACCAACAUCUGCUGUUUGAUAAAGGAUUCAUGUUGCAGUUUCACACGCCUCUUCCGGGGCGGGUAGGAGAGGCCCUAGACCGCGGCUGGUUCGCUGACGUGUCCUUCGAGUUGGACGAUGGGUUGCAGUUGGCGCACCGUGCACUGCUCAUGGCACGAUGUGACCCCAUGAAGGCCAUGUUCCAUGGACACUUUAAAGAGAGCACUUCACGCCUGAUCACAUUUCCAGGUGUAAAAAUGUACGCAUUUCAUAUCCUGCUGUGCUACAUAUACUCGGACAAGAUACCUCCAGUUGAGCCCACCAGGUGUCUGGAACUGCUGGAGCUGGCAAAUAGACUUUGUAUGGACCGACUGGUCACUUUGGUGGAAGCUAGGGUUAUCGACCAUUUGCAGCAUCAAGAUAGAGUUGGGGACGACGAUCAAGUUGUUGAGAUCGCACUAUCUCUGUUGGAGCCUGUUAAGUUACACAACGCACAUAAUCUGUGGUCGUGGUGUCGUUGGCGCCUGUGUGCGGCGUACGACCGCGUGUGUCGCGCACGUCAUCUCAGUGUCGCUGCACGGGAAUACCUAGCUGAUAACCGCUGGCCUCCCGUUUGGUAUGUGAAGGAAUAUGAUUACUACCAGAAGUGCCUCGCGGAGCAGUCCAAAGAGCUGAAGGAGAUCAGGCCUGCUACGUCAGUAAACACUAAUCAGCAGACAGGCUGUUUGUGUUUUGCAAGUAAGGUCCGCCGCGAUAGUGCAGUGAUUGCGGCAGAUGCGUCCACGGCCUUGUGUCGCCCCGAGCCUCCCCAACCCCCGCAUCCCCCACAGCCGCCCCUCUGACAUAUGCCCUAUUGGAGAUCGCUCCGUAUCGCGGUUCUCCUGCCUGUGUCGAUGUGCUUCAUGAGUACGAUCCUCACUGUAAUGGUCCUGUUGCACGUCUAUACCUAAACUUUUAAUAACACUGACUAUUGAUAAUACUGUAGCCCUCAAAAUCUUAAUUUUUAGCACGUUUUGUCAGGGUUGGUACUCUGUAACUUCCAAAAGCGACAACUUUCGUCACGUUUUUGUACGCAAUUACGAUAUAGUUAUGUCUAUAGCGUCGCCGCGGUACACAAAUUCGCAAUACUAUUCAGAGUUACCUAUAGGCAGUCUACCUAUCUAUUUGUGGAACGCACGUGUACAGUUUACACUGUUGCUUAGGUUUUUCUUAAAAGUAUUUUUUGAGCUAAAGAUUUCAAUUUAUUAACUACUUAAAUCUUUAAAUCCCCAUGAUUGACUUAGAAUAUUUUUUUGUACUUUUCGAUUUUUUUUUGUUUUUAUGGGCGAAAGUUAUUUUAUCAACAGUCCUAGUGUAGGUAAGUAUUAAUAGCAUCCCAACUUAAUGCACUAAAUUUUCGAAUUUCUAAGAUGUCUGGAAGUUUUUUAACUUAUAAAGCCGUUAUGUGGGUAAAAUUAAAUAAAAUACAGGUUUGUGGUAACACAUCUCUCAAUACUAUGUAAAAAUUGCUUUAGCUUUGGCUAUGCUCCUAAUUUCCACAGAGUUAAUAUUAUCUAUAUAUCAAUCUGAUAGCAGCUGUAUUUUAUUUAAAAAUAUGGUUUUAUUUUUUUUACAAUGUUUGAUGAUUGGAGAGUUUAUAAUGAGGCUGGGGCCAAGCAAUGCUUUGGGAGCGUUCAAGUAUUACGUAACGCAAUUUUUGGAGAUUAUUGACACCCCCCCAUGAACUCGCCGUAACGUUUUUCAGUACCCAAGUACAGUAC